AUUUACUGAUUAAUUAAUUAAUAAUGGAUUUUAUUAAUAAAUAAAUAAAUGAUGAGAACAGAACAGGGGGAACCCACCACCACCACCACCACCGUGGCCCAUUGGCCCAACAUGGGUGAUCCUAUCUAUCGCUGUGUGUCACGUUGUGUUCUCUCCUCCGGGAGCGGACACGAUGCCCUAAAAGGGGCGCAGCGAGGGCGAGGGCCCCCAUGCGUUGCUCUUCUCUAAAUCGAUCGGGGAGCCGAGGCGCUAGGGUUUGAGAUGGUCGCUGGAUUGGGGCGGCAUUGUUAGGCUAACAAAGCCGAGGCCAGGAGGAGGCGAUGGGAUCUGGGGGUAGUAAGGCCAAGGAUGCAGCAGCAGCAGCAGCAGCGUCGUCGUCCUCAGGAGGAGGAGGAGGAGGAGGAGGUGGUGGUGGUGGUGGUGGUGGUGGUGCUUCGGGGCGGAAGGGGAGGGCGAGAGGGACGAGGGUUUUUGGCUCUGCUUGCUUCGGAUUCCCUUCGAGUUCGUCGUCUUCCGAUGGCCAGGUCUUUCAGAAGGGAGACGGGAGUGGGAGGUCGAAAGGCAUCAAAUGUACGGUCGAAGUUGAUGGUAAAUCCUCCGGCCGGAAUCGUGAGGUUUCUCAAAAGCAUAAACACUCUCCGAGUGUAACGCCUGCAUUGGCUUCUUUAGACGGCGAGCGGAUUGUAGAAGACGGAGAUGGCACAUUAAUCAACAUUUCAGGUGCUAGCAGCAGCUCUGCCACAACGACGGAUAUUAGCCGAUCGACCAAUCCUACUACUAGGCCGCUAUCAUGCUUUGGUUUCGCCCACCACGAUGAUGUUAAUUUUAGGUUAAACAGAGCUGUCAGCUUGGGUUCGUCAUCGGCUCAUUCUCUCUUCUCUUCCGGCCUCCCUAUUAAUCAAUCUGAUGUGGAUGGCCUUCAUCUUCACACAAAUUUCGAUACUUCUUCUGAUGCAAACUCUAUGCGGGACAGUGGAGCUGCUGGUACCGAUUCGUCUCUGGAUUUGCUUAGAGAUAAUGUAAGAGAUGAGAUUAGGGCUAGCCAGCGUAUUCACAGGAGCCGGGUAGAAUCUGAGAAUUCAGUGACAAGGAAUUCCUACAGACGGCUCGGACACCAAGAACCUUUAGAAGGUAGCGUUCGGUUUAGCCGAACAUUAAGCGUUGGACGGCUUCGUGACAGGGUUCUUAGGAGGACUCCAUUUUCUGAGGGGUCGUUUUCACCUUCAAUUCCAGAUGGUAGAUCUGUAUGGUCUGCUGGCCAAACCAAUACUAGACGAGUCUUGGGUGUGACGAGAAGAGGAGCAUCUUCCUCGAACAGGAUAAUUGAGCCGCACCCUGAUUCUUCUGGUCAUUUCUCUAAUCAGAUCGAUACCUCAACAGACAACAAUAGUGAUCGUGCUUUAGAAACUCUGCAGCCCAGAGAGCCUAGUAAUCAUGAUCUUUUGGAUCACAGAUCAGCUUUUCUGGAAAGAAGAAGAAGAAUAAGAUCUCAGCAGGUCCGUACUCUUCAGAGAUUGGGUAGCAGAUUUGAGAAUCUAUCAGGUCACGAUAGAUCAUGUAUAUUGUCUGGUCAACAUCGAACAGGUCGCUGUACAUGCAGGACAACUAAUCGACCUGGCACAUCAGAUGAUGAUACAAGCACGAGAGCUAGCAUUUCAAGAAUUGUUAUGUUAGCAGAAGCACUUUUUGAGGUUUUGGAUGAAAUCCAUCAGCAAUCUGUCUUUUUAUCAUCGCGGCCAUCUUUCUCUGCUAUUGGGUCUGUUCCUGCACCAAAGGAAGUUGUCGAAUGCAUACCUGUGAAGGUAUACAGGAAGCCAGCAAAGCAACAAAAUGACGAGGCUGCACAAUGCUACAUUUGCCUUGUGGAGUAUGAAGAAGGAGAAUGCAUGCGGAUAUUGCCCUGCAAUCAUGAAUUUCAUCUAACAUGUAUAGACAAAUGGCUGAAAGAGAUUCAUAGGGUUUGUCCGCUUUGUCGUGGCGAUGUUUGCAGAUCGGAUGCAUCAACUACAGGAAAAAGCUGAAGCAAAUAUAAUCUCGUCUCUGGCAAACUCUCUGCAGCUUGCAGAGCCAGAGAUGGAGCAGCACGGGAGACUGCUCUUUCUGCUUGGAUUGUGUUAUUUCUGCAGUAGAUGGACCUCACAUUUUAUAGGUGGGGAUCUCCCUAUUGCGAGCGUUUGGCUAUGAUUUGGCAUGAGCUGCGGCCAUCUUUGGGAAAUUUACAGUGUGUAAAGGGGGACGAAAAAGAACGUUAGGCAUAUUUAUAGUACUGGCAAAUGGGAAUCUAUUGUUAGUCUUUAGUGUGAUUUUCUCGUAUCACUGUUUUGUCUGUAUAUUGGUAUGCUGUCUCUCUUCGUCAUCUGAGAAGCCCAAUGUUGAUACCUCUCGUUGCUCCUUCCUUGCCAA